GACUUGUGUAAGUUCUGAUUGAUAAGAUCAAUGUGAUUGAUUUGUUUUUAUUUAAAAUAAAUAAAUAAAGUUAAAAGAUUCUACUUCCUGUUUUAAUCCUUGUACGAUCUCAAGAAAAUACAUAUUAUUAUACUUAAUAGUGACUCAAAAAUACAAGACACAAAAACAUUUUAAGUAUAACUAAAUAAAAGAAAAUUAUGCUAAAGUGAAUGCAGCUAUAAAAACAAAACAUUAAACUUCUCUAAAAAUGAAAAAAAAAACGUUUUUUUUUUAAUUAAGGGAUAAAAAUUUUAUAUAAUUGUGUAUUUAUCGAUCUAUAUAUAUUUUUUUCAUCUAAAUGCAAAUGAGGACAAAUCAAAUCUGAUCCUAAAACGAUAAUAUCCAACCUCUAGCCAAUCAGGUAGCUCAGGGGCAGUCACGUGACACGUAAAAAGCGACUUAAAAAAACAGCACCACGAAAAAGUACACUUGAAAAAAAGUAAGUGUUAGUCUUAUUUUUUACUAUAUACAAUUAGGACUAACAAUAUCGACAAAAGUAAUAAAGCUGCGGACUGUUUAUGGCUGGUUUUGUGGUUGAAUUCGGCAGCUUUGACGCCAUAUUGCCUUCUGAGUUUUUCACGUUAGCUUUUUUCCUGUUAGCCAAAACUGUUAGCUAAUCUGAAGGAAAUCUUUGUUAUUUCAUCAUUUAUUUUUUUUUCUUUAAAUAUUGUGUCCUAGUGUUUAUAUUUUGACCUUAAUAAAAGUAAUUAUUUAAGUCUAAUAAAGUGAAACUGAUUUUAAAUGUAAGUCUACAAAAGUUGAAAUAUAGAUUGUUCAAACUUUUAAUUUAGAUUUUUCUGAUCCUUAAGCAUAGUAAAAGCAUUUCAUUUAUCAAUAUCAUGUGAAGAAAACAAUAAUUUCAACAAAAACAAAGAUAAUAUCUCAUAUUUAUAAUGUAAGUAAAAAAAAAAUGAAGUAUGUAUGAUUAAAACAUAAAAAUGGAUUUAUCUAAUGACGUAGUGACAGUUUACAGUCCACCAAAGAAAUCUAAUCUCUUUGAAUGAUUUAGAUUUUACAGGAGGGAAAUUAAACUGGACAAAAGUCUACAGCGCCUGAAGACUCAGAAGAAUCUCCCUGCCGGGGUCAAAGAAUCUACUGGAAUGACGUUGAUCAUGUUAAAGGUUGAAAAGUUAAGACACGGCGCCUUAAGCUCUUCAGACUCAAAAAAACAAGAGUGAGCGGCGGUUUGGUCGCUCUGACUCUCGGAGCCGUCUGCCGUAGAUGAAGCUGAGAUGUUGCUCCACCUCGCUCGAAAUGAGUUCCUGUUCCUUUAAGGGAUCUCUCCAGCGCUCAGAGCUCACGCCGCCUGUAUUCCAUAUUCAGAGGACGUCCAGCGGUGGAGUGUGGGAUCUCCUGUGGCGACUGAGCAUCAAGCAGAAAUACUUCUCAACAUGAACAUGGAGACAUAUCCUAAAGUUGCAUCCCAGGACGGAACCGGGAUGGAAGCUCCCAGUGAUGCAGAGUUGAAGCAACAAGAAGAGGAAAAGGAGAAGCAGGAGAACUCAAUAAAUGAGAAUGGACUGCACUGUGAGGAAAAAGUUUCAGAUGCACGAGUGAUAAAAACUGAAGCUGAGGAGACGGAAGGUGAGGAGGGCUAUGGGAAAGAGGCGAAGCUUUUACCAAAGGAGGAAGCAGAGGGAGGCAGCGAGGAGGACUUUGACGAGGAGAGGAUGGAGGAGGACAACGAUGAAGAGCAGGACAUGGAAGGAGACGAAGAGGGAGACUCCCUAAACCUCCCGCAGGACCUGUCGCUGGUGGACUACUCGCGCUACGAAGACCCUAACCUCGCCGACCCCACGACUGAGCCCUCUCACGUCACCGAGGCCGGGCCCCCCCGCGCUCAAUCACAAGGCAAGCUGAGCUGCGACAUCUGCGGCCUGUCCUGCAUCAGCAUUAACGUGCUGCUCGUGCACAAGCGCAGCCACACGGGUGAGAGGCCUUUCCACUGCAGUCAGUGUGGGGCCUCCUUCACCCAGAAGGGAAACCUGCUUCGCCACAUCAAACUGCACUCCGGGGAGAAGCCUUUCAAAUGCCCGAUGUGCAGCUACGCCUGCCGCCGCCGUGACGCCCUGAGCGGGCACCUGCGCACCCAUUCUGUGGAGAAGCCGUUCAAGUGCAACCACUGCAGUCGCAGCUACAAGCAGAGGAGCUCUCUUGAAGAACACAGGGAGAGGUGUCAUGUGUACAUCCAGAGCAAGGCCGGCAUGGAAAGAGAGGACGGCCACACAUCCAGGCCUCAGAUGGGCCCGGAGCGCGCGCUGCUGCUCGACCGACUCGCCAGCAACGUCGCCAAACGGAAGAGUUCGAUGCCGCAGAAGUUUACCGGUGACAAUGGCGUCUGUCUGGACCUGAGCUUUAACCGGGACCUGGUUCACCGCUCUGAUGUGAAGGAGCAUCCUGCAGGCUCUCCAGGGCCCAACGGGCAACCGCAGCCCCUCCUCUCAGGCCCAGAUGGCGACCCCCCUCCCUCCCACAGGCCAUACCCAAUCCCACUGAACCGCGCUGACAUCAUCACCAAUGGGCACAAGAUGGGCCUGCCGGCCCUGGGUCUCCCCCUUGGCUCCCAGCCGCCCAUAAGCUUGGACUCGUUCCACCCCGAAGGCUCCCCGAUGUCCCAGCCUGUCAUGUACAGCUUAGGGCCCCUGCUUGGGGGGGGUCUGAGUCACCAGAACGGCAUCCCCCAGCCGAUGCCGCUGUCGCCCCUGGAGGCCCUGCGAGUGAUGCGGUCCGACGGGGAGGCCGCGGUGCCGUCCGGGUCCGUGUACCCCUGUGGUCACUGCAGGGUGAUCUUCCUGGACUACGUCAUGUUCACCAUCCACAUGGGGUGCCACGGCUUCCGCGACCCGCUGGAGUGCAACGUGUGCGGCCACCGCAGCCGGGACCGUUAUGAGUUCUCCUCCCACAUAGCCCGCGGCGAGCACCGCCUAGAACUGAAGUAGCUCGCAGACAGGUGCCACUGGGACAGAUGACGGUUUACUCAUACGAGUAGCUGUAGUAUCAGAAAUGAAAGUAUGAAGUGGGAGCCGAGCUUGAUCUUUGAGUGUGUGAGUGAGAAUUUGAGGAGACGUUGUAGGAGGGUGACGGUCCUCUUAACCACCAUGCACUCAUAUGAAAAGACGGUCUGAUAGGUGUCUUUGUUCCAAACUGCAGCCACUGUUUGUGCCAUAAAGUCGUGCAAAUGUAAACCAGAGACCAAAACCAAAAAAAAAAACAGUGCUUUUAUUGUGCAUUGACUGCUGUUUAUCUGAGUAAAGAUGUAAAAAUAAAA